AUGUCUGAUAGCGAAUCCGAAUACUGCCACAGCUUAGCGGGCAGCAUCUGCGAAGAAAACUUCAGCGUUGCUCGGCGCGAGCCAGAAACAGAACCUGAUCAACGUCAAAGAUACGUCCGUCCCUGCUUCCUCGAAGACAUCGAAGACAUAGAGCUAUACAGGACCGGCGGCUUACACCCAGUGAGCCUGUCCGACGUACUAGACGAGAGGUUCGAAGUCGUCUACAAGCUCGGAAGCGGCCGCACUGCCACAGUCUGGCUCUGCCUCGAACUCCAAACCAGGAAAUGGCGAGCGGUCAAAGUGCAUGCGGCGGCGCGGUCUUCAGCAGACAGCCCGGAGCUGAGACUGCUCGACGUUUUCCACGACAACGCGGUCAUCGCAACGCAGCUGAAAGCAGCCCAUGUUGCCAUGUCCCUAGAGACGUUCUGGCUGGACGGACCGAAUGGGAGACACCUCUGCUCCGUCAUGUCUGUGUCGGGCCCGAGACUCUCCGACUGGCGAAGCUUCGCGCUCGGGGACGUCGCUACGAGCAUCAAAGAGAUCUGCCAUCAGAUCACACAAGGUCUGCAGUUUCUGCACGGCCAGGGGAUAUGUCACGGUGACUUCCGGCCGCAGAAUGCACUCAUGCAGCUCAAAGAAGGCGCCCUGGAUCACCUUUGGAAGGACGAGGUCUUGGACAUACUCCCGUUCCCUCACCGAGAGCAGGUCCUCACGACUGACGGGGAGCUCAGCUCGCACGCGCCAAAGUGGGUGUACGAGGGGCUUUGGUGGCCGGAUGUAAAACACCUGGUAUCAGAUGACGAUAUCGCAAUAAUCGAUUUCGGAGAGGCCUUUGUAUCAUCUACGCCGCCCGGGUCCCUGAGCGUGCCGGGCAAGUACGCCGCUCCGGAGGUGGUAUUUGGCGGUGUAGCGGGCAAGGCAAGUGAUGUGUGGUCUCUGGCGUAUACACUGAUGGAAGUUCGACUUGGCGAGAGUCUACCAGACGAUAUCGAGGAGAACAUCAAGCGCAUGGAGCGCUUCGUCGGUCCGAUACCGCUUCCGUACCAACCGGUCGCGAAGGAAAUGCUGUAUACGCAUUUGAUGAAGCAGUUAGAACAAGACGGGGAGGAAUACAAGUCGAGGCCAAGACCCCCGAACGAAGUACCGUUAGAUCAUGGGAGGGAGCUGCCGCCCAUCACCGCGUCACAGACAGACCUGAUAGCAGCGGAGGCGGAGCAGGCCAAUGCAUCUCCCUACACCAAUCAACUCGAGAUUGCGCUGGGCGUCGAGCGCUUGGCCGAAGUGUUCGUCCCGGAUGAGCGGCAUCCAGCAGGUGAAGAGGGUACACUGGAUACCACAUCUCAUCGCUUGCCGUCGGAUGAGGUUGUCGCACUGGCGGAUCUCCUUGGCAAGAUGUUGAAGUACGACGCGGAGGAUAGGACGAGUGCUGCCGAAGCUCUGGAUCAUCCGUGGUUUGGACAGACUCAGACUGAUAAUUUCUUCUGA